UUCGAAUACAAUACUCAUUCUCAAACGCUUCUGUUAAAUUUUUUAUGUUUGUGAUACAUCAUAUUUAAAUAUUUAUUAUUUGAAUUAACACUUAGAGAUAUUUUCAGUUUUUCUUAUUACAAAUUACAUAGUGUUUAUUAAUUAAGAUCAUAUUUAGUUCAAAAUAUUCUUGAGAUAUGGACCGUUUAUUAAGAUUGGGCGGUGGAAUGCCCGGAUUAGGUCAAGGAUCAGCCCCGGCUGCUGAUACGCCUGUGGUUGACACGGCCGAACAAGUAUAUAUAUCAUCAUUGGCCUUAUUAAAAAUGUUAAAACAUGGUCGAGCCGGUGUUCCUAUGGAAGUUAUGGGUUUGAUGUUGGGUGAAUUCGUGGACGACUAUACUGUUCGUGUUAUAGAUGUGUUUGCUAUGCCACAAACGGGAACGGGUGUGAGUGUUGAAGCUGUCGAUCCAGUAUUCCAAGCAAAAAUGUUGGAUAUGUUAAAACAGACUGGUAGACCAGAAAUGGUUGUUGGAUGGUACCAUUCACAUCCUGGAUUCGGUUGUUGGUUAUCUGGUGUUGACAUUAACACUCAACAAAGUUUUGAAGCACUUUCUGAAAGAGCAGUUGCCGUUGUUGUUGACCCCAUUCAAAGUGUUAAAGGUAAAGUUGUAAUAGACGCAUUCCGUUUAAUCAAUCCUAACAUGAUGGUAUUAGGCCAAGAACCAAGACAAACUACUAGUAAUUUAGGACAUUUACAGAAACCAUCAGUUCAAGCAUUAAUCCAUGGUUUGAACCGGCAUUAUUAUUCUAUAUCGAUAAAUUAUCGAAAAAACGAACUCGAGCAGAAAAUGUUGUUGAACCUGCAUAAAAAGUCAUGGAUGGAUGGCAUGGCCCUCGAGGAUUACGAGAAACAUUGCGAUACAAAUCGAUCCACCGUUAAAGAAAUGUUGGAUUUGGCCAAAAGCUACAACAAGGCUUUGGAAGAUGAAGAUAAAAUGACACCAGAACAACUGGCCAUCAAGAAUGUAGGUAAACAAGAUCCGAAAAGACAUUUAGAAGAAAAAGUUGAUACACUCAUGUCUGCCAAUAUCAUUCAAUGUUUAGGGUCUAUGCUCGAUACGGUUGUAUUUAAGUGAUGACUUUUAAAGGCUUGUAAAUUAAAAAAACAAAAACAAACUGGAUUACCUAAUUUUAUUAUACAAAAUAUUUCAGAUUUUAAUGAAUCAUAUUUCGUACACAGUUCAUGCAAAUAUUAUUUAUAGCUCCAUAUUAUUUCAUUUAUAUGUGUAUAUAUAAAAUUAAUAAUAAAAACAAAUUAAAAGUGAGUGUUAUAACGUAUAAAUUUAAAAUUAUUUACUUACAAAAAUUGAUUUCUCUAAGUCCUUAUUUUUCUGUACUAUUGUUUUAGUCAAUCGUUUUACUUCAGUAAUAAAGGUCUGCUAUAUGUGUAAUCAUUUGUAACAAUAAUUACAAUUUAUAAAUAAUAAUUGCCACUUUAUUUUAUUAAGUUAUUGUUAACAUUUUGUAAUAUCUAUAAUGAAUAAUUUAAAAGUAUUAAAUGUAAAUUAAUAUAUUUUUUCUAUUUUCUUAUUAUUCAUAUUUUUAACAUGGACGUGUUCUUGGACUGAAUUACUAUUUUAACGCCACAGUUGGAUAAGUCAGGGAAGGGAAAAAAAUAACAUAUCCAUAAUUCUAUGUUUUUCCGUGUAGUGGACAAUUUCUUUUUAUUACAUUAAUAAUUGUACUUUUUUUUUACUAUUUUUUAUUAUAUUUAAUUUUUACCACAUAAAAAACGUAUUAUCUAAAGCAGAAUACAAUAUAGUGAGUAUUUUACGUGCACCAA